UUGGUUUAAAUCGUUCCUUUACGAGCAUCGCGUCCUUCGGCAUCCCCGCGUCGCUGGCCUUUGGUUUCGGAGCUGUCUACAUGAUCUGUGCUGUUGGAGUGUACGUCUGAGCAGCACGUUUAUUCCAAUUGUCCCCAUCUGCGCUGGGUGUGUACAUGUACCAUUAGCUGGACUAUCAAGGGCCUUGUACAUUAGAACAACAACCAAAGUUCCCACAAACCUCUUUCAAGAGCUUCUCGGGCCCUUUAAUCUUGAAAGCAUAAGUGUUUGACCGUCUUAUACUUCACCUUAAACCUUCCGAUCAUCCGCGUCAUUAUUUUGGCCGAGUCGUCACAAUGGAGCCCAUAUUUUCUGCCGUCUCGAGCAAUGUUCAUCAUCUCUAUACACUUCUCCAGUGCAUUGGAUUUUCCCAUCGAGCUACCGUUCAGAUCACACCUGACGGGAUUCGAUUUUCUGUGGAGGAGGCCCGUGUCAUCCAAGGGCUUGCAUUCCUGGACAAAGCACUUUUCAGCAAUUACACCUUCAACCCGCCAAACAAAGAGGACGACACAUCUCAACAGCUUCCUGGAGAGAGCGAUGACUCUCCGGAGAGCGAGUUGUACCCUUGCUUUGUCAUCUCACUCUCUGCUCUCCUGGAAACCUUGAAAAUCUUCAGUAUCAACGACUCAUCCGCGGUUAACUCGUCGAGAAGCGCGCCGAUGCAAACAUCCAAUCAUUCGUCUUCGAAUGCGUUCACCGCUCCCUCUCUUCUUCUCGAUCACUCGUGUACCCUGCAGUAUCUCCAGACUGGGUCAUCUCUCAGCGUCACUCUUAAUGAGGCAGGAGUCAAAACCACGUGUGAUUUAACUACCUACGAGCCCGAAGAGGGCGAGAUCGAUAUCCCCUUACAGCGAAAUGCCAUCAUUAUGAAGAUCAUCAUGCGCUCGGCCUGGCUACACAAUGCAAUUACGGAACUCGAUGCCACUAAUCCCACCGCGCUGAAGAUCUCCGCCUCGGCAACCCAUAAGCCCUUCUUCGCCUUGUCCGGGACGGGGGGCCCAUUUAGCGAAUCUACUGUGGAGUUUUCCGUAGACCAGCAGCACAAACAGAGUGCAUCGUCUACAGCAGAGACACAUCAUAAGGUCCUGGCCGAAGAUGGUAGCAGCAGAGCACGAGCGAAAAGAUCAAAGCUUGCUCCGACGGUAACGGAGACUUUUCUCGUCAGCCCGCCGUCUUCCCGAGGCCCUCGGAUUAUAGAACACUACCGCUUCGCGCUGAUCCGGAAAGCGAUGCGCGCUAUGGCUGUGGCUAACAAGGUCAGCAUCCGCGGUGACCGACAAGGAGUCUUAAGUCUUCAGUUCAUGAUCGAGCUAGACGGCAGUAGUGCCGGUGGCGCGAGCAUUAGGUCCCGGCCGCCAGCUGGACAGCCCCUGGGAGAUAAUGUCAGCUUUGUGGAUUUCCGAUUCGUCCCGUUAAUUGAGGGGGAAGCUGAAGAAGGGCUGGAAGAAGAUACAGGAAGAUAGACUAGGAAUAACUGGAUCAACUUUCUGGGCUCUAGAACGAGAGCCGUCUCGGUGCAAUACAGAAAGUACUGUCUUUUCUAUGAACUUGUACCAACGCCAUGAAGAAGUCCCAUCAUCCACCAUUACGUAUUUACUUGUAUCAAUGAUGAUCCCAGGCCGUAGCAUCUACUUGCAACCUGCCA